AUGGUCCAAGUUCGACCUGUUUCCCUACCAGUGAGAGUGAGUGUAAGAAGUGAUAACCUUACCUCUCGCAGCGCCUCGUCUGUUCUGAAGGCGAUGCAAAAUUCGGGACGUCGCUCAAGCAUCUUGCGGCCGGAGGCAUACCUCCAUAUCGACACUGAAUCCCUAUUCGUUGGCCCUAUCAUCUUCAGUCUGCUGCAAGCCAUACGACUGUGGUCAAGGCAAAACCUGCUAUGAGCCAAUCCUAUGCUCUGACGAGUAAGUAGGAGUCUUGUUGCGUACAGCCGUUCUGACCAGAGUAGCUGAAGAUGUUGCUUAUCAUGACGCCUUGACGCCAGGCCUGGCCAUCAUCCUUGACAGAAGCUCGUCGCAUGCGUUUAAGCAUCUCACCAGGCGGUUCCGUCGCUCUGCUCUAGUAUUUGUGUCUGAGACAAUAGCUGCUCCUCUUCGAUGA